AUGUCUGAAGAAGCUGUUGCUUUAGUUGUUGAUAAUGGAAGUGGCAUGGUGAAAUCUGGUUUAGCUGGAGAUGACGCUCCAAAAUGUGUCUUUCCAUCAAUUGUUGGAAGACCUAAGAUGCCCAACAUUAUGAUAGGUAUGGAACAAAAAGAAUGUUAUGUAGGUGAUGAAGCUCAAAAUAAAAGAGGAAUAUUAACUUUAAAAUAUCCAAUAGAACAUGGUAUUGUUACAAAUUGGGAUGAUAUGGAAAAAAUAUGGCAUCAUACUUUUUAUAAUGAAUUAAGAGUUUCACCUGAAGAACAUCCAGUCUUAUUAACUGAGGCUCCAUUAAAUCCUAAAACUAAUAGAGAAAAAAUGACUCAAAUUAUGUUUGAGACAUUUGAUGUUCCAGCUAUGUAUGUCAGUAUACAAGCCAUCUUAUCCUUAUAUGCAUCAGGAAGAACAACAGGUAUCGUUCUUGAUAGUGGAGAUGGAGUGAGCCAUACCGUUCCAAUAUACGAAGGAUAUGUAUUACCCCAUGCCAUAAACAGAAUUGACAUGGCUGGAAGAGAUUUGACAUAUCACAUGAUGAAACUGUUCACAGAAAGGGGUCAUACAUUUACGACAACAGCCGAAAGAGAAAUAGUUAGAGAUAUAAAAGAAAAAUUAUGUUACAUUGCAAUGGAUUAUGAUGAAGAACUAAAACGAUCUGAAGAACAUUCAGAUGAAAUAGAAGAAAUAUAUGAAUUGCCUGAUGGAAAUUUAAUAACUGUAGGAAGUGAAAGAUUUAGAUGUCCAGAGGCCUUAUUUAAUCCAACAUUAAUAGGUAGAGAAUGUCCUGGAUUACACAUAACAGCUUAUCAAAGUAUUAUGAAAUGUGAUAUUGAUAUAAGAAAAGAAUUAUAUAAUAAUAUUGUUUUAAGUGGGGGUACUACCAUGUAUAAUAAUAUAGGAGAAAGACUAACAAAAGAAAUGACCAAUUUAGCCCCUUCUUCAAUGAAAAUUAAGGUUAUUGCUCCACCUGAAAGAAAAUAUUCUGUAUGGAUAGGAGGAUCAAUCUUAUCAUCUCUUUCAACAUUCCAACAAAUGUGGAUAACAAAAGAGGAAUAUGAAGAUUCGGGGCCUAGUAUUGUUCAUAGAAAAUGUUUCUAA